AUGCAGGGAAAUCGUGCAACAGCAUUGGGAUCCUCAGCGCCCCGCAGCAGUCCAGGUUCAAGCGAGAGGACAGUUCUGCAGCACCUGGUAGAGAGAAGGGGACACAUCCUUUUGUUGGCUCCGAAGUGUCACCCAGAGGUAGCGGGGGUAGGGACCAAGUACUCGUGGGGUUUAUCCAAGCAAAAGUUUCGGCGGAAGAUCAAUGAUGAGGUCCCGAAGCACUUGCACGCGAACAUCGAAAAGUCGCUGUGCACCGACAAGUACUUGACGGUCGGUCGGGUGCGGCGCUUUGCCCGGCGGACACGAGAUCACUGCCGGGCUUACCGCGACAUUGCGCUGAGCGGGGGAUUCAUCAUGAGCAAGGAUUUCAUCGAGAAGAUGCGCAAGAACCAAAAGGCCCACCGCAACAUUUUGGACAUGGAAACUAGUUUUCUUGGCGACCAGUAAAAAAACGUCGGCCGGCC